UCCGCAGACCCCCUAUACUAUAUUCGGCAGACCCCAACUAUAAUCCGCAGACCCCCUAUACUAUAUUCGGCAGACCCAACUAUAAUCCGCAGACCCCCUAUACUAUAUUCGGCAGACCCAACUAUAAUCCGCAGACCCCCUAUACUAUAUUCGGCAGACCCAACUAUAAUCCGCAGACCCCCU